UUGACUUUUGGGAUUGGUUGAUUGGUUUUUGCUGAUUUUUGCCCGGACGGAGCCGUAGCCUAGGAAACGGGUGUAGCUACAACAACACUACAAGUUACAUAAAAUUUUGCUGAAACUUAAUUAUUGCAUUAAUUGACACGUAAACUCCUUGCCGGACAUAAUUAGUGCCUAUUGAGAUCGUGAUUUCUGCGAUUGUUCCAAGUGAUGAUACUUUUGACAGAUUAGAAUGGCUGGCAGAUUUUGAGUGCGCGGGCGACGAGGUGCUGGUGGAAUCGUCCCCGCCCCCCUCGCCCAACAUGGCGGCGCGGCUUGCGGCGCCCGCACAGGGAGCGGGCGCGGGCGGCGCGUCGCCGAGCAGCGUGCGCGAGCUCAUCGUGAUCCCGGAGCUGCCCAACACUAUACACCUGCAGCACGCUAUACAGCAGGUUUCUAGCACCGUGGUGGAGGUGAACGGUGACAGUUCGGGCCACUCCAGUCCUUCCACUGAGGCGGAGCACACCUAUAUUGUCACAAUCGGCGAGUCGUGGGGGCGCGAUGGGCCGGCGCACAUCAAGGCCGAACUCCACAGUGACCCAGAAAGCGAGGGCGGCAAUGGAGUCAACUACCACGUGCAGUAUGUGGACCCGCAGGAUCUCUACACUCAGUCAGGCCAUCAGAUGGAAACGCUUCGCACUUACCCCGUUUACGGCGUCGCGAAUGUGGGCGCCGUCACCGAGGGCACCGCGGUCACAGCCGUCACGGCGGUCACCGCGGCGCCCGACACCGGCGAGUGGACCGCCGAGUUCACGUUCAACACCAACGCGGAACAGCCCACCUCGCCCGCGCCGGCCGCCAGGAUGCCGCCCGCCACCGUGCAGUGGCUGCUGGACCAUUACGAGACCGCUGAAGGCGUUUCGCUCCCGCGCUCCACCCUGUACGCGCACUACCUGCGGCACUGCACCGCGCACCGCCUCGAGCCCGUCAACGCGGCGUCCUUCGGCAAGCUCAUCCGUUCCGUGUUCGUGGGGCUGCGCACGCGCCGCCUCGGCACCCGCGGCAACUCCAAGUACCACUACUACGGCAUCCGCGCCAAGCCCUCCGCUCUCUCCACGCCCAAGAGCGACGUUGAAGAACCGCCGGAACCACGCGAAAGAGAGCCGGAACAGAACCCGGUGGGUAUGAGCGGUAUCGCACACCGCCAGUACCUGGGCUCCGUGAGCGCGCCUGAGCCGCCCGAGCUCACCGUGGAAGACCUGCCCGAGGAUAUACCGCUGGAGGCGCUGCAGCAGUUCCGAGACCAGCACCGACAACACGGCAUAGAGUUCUUGGAAGCGGUAGCAGCAUUGGACACGGGCGCGGUGGAGCGGUGCCGGCGCGCGUUCUGGCGGCGCGCGGGGCGCUCGGGCGCGCGGCUCGCGACGCGCAAGGACGUGUGCACGUGGCUGCGACGCGCGGAGAUGCGCCUGCACCAGCGCGCCGUGGACUUGCUGCUGCCGGAUGUACUGCGCCCCAUACCCUCGCAACUCACGCAGGCGAUACGUAACUUCGCCAAAAGUUUGGAGAGCGCAUUAGCCUCUGGCGCCAGCGGAGCGCCCGCACUCGCUCUGCGCGCACAGGCCUCCGCCGCAGCGGCCCUGUCAGCAGCCUUGCGCCGCUACACGUCCCUUAACCAUCUGGCGCAAGCUGCGCGCGCCGUGCUCAACAACCAGCACCAGAUCCAACAGAUGUUAUCAGACCUAAACCGAGUGGACUUCCGCGUGGUGCGCGAGCAGGCGGCGUGGGCGUGCGCGUGCGGCAGCAACAGCCCCGCGCACAAACUGGAAGCUGACUUCAAGUCGCGGCUGGGUCGCGGCGCGCCGCUCGAGGCGUGGGCGUCGUGGCUAGAAGGCAUGGUGCGAGCCGCGUUGGCGCCGCACGAGCGACGGCCUGACUACACGCCGCGCGCGCGACGGCUGCUCCUGGACUGGUCCUUCUACUCCUCGCUCGUCAUACGAGAACUGACUCUCAGGUCGGCUGCGUCGUUCGGCUCGUUCCACCUCAUCCGCCUGCUGUAUGACGAGUACGUGUCGUUCCUCAUCGAGCGCCGCGUGGCCGAGCAUCGCCAGGAGCCGCCCAUUGCUGUUAUGCAGAGAGCUAUGGAUGACGAUGACGAACUGCCAGACGAGCCGCCGCGCGAGCCCGAAGACGAGGACGGCGAGCAAGACUGGGAGUGGGAGGACGAAGACGACGAGCCUCCCGACCUCAAGCGAGCCAAGGGCGACGAGUAGCGCUGGAUGGUUGAGUGUAAUUUACUCGUACACGUACAGUUGGGACAACAUUGAAAGGCUCAUUAUGAAAAGCUGGAAAAUCUAAGUGUGCAAUCUAAUCAAAUUAAUUUAAAAAAUUCAAAAUUGUACUUAAUGUACUCACAAAAACCUCUUAAGUGUUACGUGUUUAGGGUAAAAAGUGACAAUUUGAUCGAGUUCAAAAACUGCUAUUUAUUAGUUAAAAUAAGAUAUUUCCUAGUAAUUAAAAAUGUUAGGACUACGUUUUGGUUAAGCUUUUAAAUAGAUUUUAUUAAACGAAACAUACCCUCGAAAUCUAGUCACUUGCAGAUACGUUAUAGGCUGAGAGACAGUGGGGAUAAAUCCAUUAUUAUUAAAUCUGUGAUGUCAUAGUACAUAAUAAGUCCAUAAAUCAGAAUAGUAUGUAUAAGUAUUUGAAACUUGCAAAAAUUGCUACAAAUUGGAAUAAACAUUUAUAAAAAUGUUACCACAAUAAUACUUUAUUAAUAAAUGUUUAUUAGGGUUUAUUUUUUCAAGUUUUACAUGUUCAUACUGUAAAAUCUGAUUUUUAGACUUUUCCCAGAUCCCACAGAAAUGUUUUAUAUCGUCUUUUCACGCUUUAAAUCUUUUAUCCAAAACAAAAACUAUGAAACUUAAAUGUAUUUGUUACAUUACAAAUCGAGCCGUCGCCUCCUAGAGUAUUCUGUAAUAUGUAUUAUGUAAAAGGCUCAAUAUUUUUAAUACUAUAUAUAUGAUUAAGUGAAUGCAUAUGCAGUAGUUUUUUAAAUGUGCAUAUUUUAAAAUUAAGAACUUAAAUAUAUUUUAGGUACUUAAUCAAAUAAAAUUGAAGUUUGCAGAACGUUAUUUUGAAAAUACCUCCUGAAAAUUUUACUAAUGAGUAUUAUAAUCUAUAUUGUAAUAUUGAGAAAAGAUGUUUCACAAAUGAAUAGUAUGGCGCGCAAUUUUAACUUAGGUUGCACUUCUAAAUGAAUUGAUUCACCUAAUAAUGUUAUAUAGUCCACUGAAAAAUGUCUUUACCAAUGAUUUUAUACUUUACGCAUAGAAGGGUCAUUCCGAAAAAAAUAAUUGCGGGCUGUAACUCGUUUAUAACUUGAUGGUAAAUUCGGCUAAUUCUGUCGUACAUAAUAUUUAAAG